CGGGGUGUGGGAAGUGUGGCGGCCCCGCCCCGUGUCUUGGAACUGCCGAGGUCGCCACCGCUGCCGCCGCCGCAGCUGUGGGAGACUGGCGCGGUUACGCAGGCUAAAGGCGCUCUUUCCCUGCUGAAAGUACCCUCAGAAAAGCAACCAUCUCCCCAGCCCACCAUGGCGGACGAAAUUGAUUUCACUACUGGAGAUGCUGGGGCUUCCAGCACUUACCCUAUGCAGUGUUCGGCCCUGCGCAAAAACGGCUUCGUGGUGCUCAAAGGACGACCAUGCAAAAUAGUGGAGAUGUCAACUUCCAAAACUGGAAAGCACGGUCAUGCGAAGGUUCACCUUGUUGGAAUUGAUAUUUUCACGGGCAAAAAAUAUGAAGAUAUUUGCCCUUCUACUCACAACAUGGAUGUUCCAAAUAUUAAGAGAAAUGAUUAUCAACUGAUAUGCAUUCAGGAUGGUUACCUUUCCCUGCUGACAGAAACUGGUGAAGUUCGUGAGGAUCUUAAGCUGCCAGAAGGUGAACUAGGCAAAGAAAUAGAAGGAAAAUAUAAUGCAGGUGAAGAUGUACAGGUGUCUGUCAUGUGUGCAAUGAGUGAAGAAUGUGCUGUAGCCAUAAAGCCCUGCAAAUAAAUGGGAACAUCAGGCAUGAGCAAAAUGUUUAGGUCUGGAUCAACUGCAGAUCUAAAGUUUGGUUCUAAGUUGUCACCAAAGCUAUGGCGUUCAUAAGCAACCUCAUUUCUUUUUUAAUUGUUUUGAAAUUGUGCUGAGUUAGUUUUGCAGGCAAUUCGUAAUUUAAAAAAAUGAUCAAGAUGUAUAAUUCUUUUUUUUAAAUUUUGUAGGUGUCUUUCCUAUAACUUUCCUGUGGUUUUCAGUAUGUAAGUCUAAGAAACAGACAAGAUAGCUUCAGCAGAUGUGAUUUGUCUGAGCAAAUCGUUCCUAAAUUUUAGUUAAAUGAUAAAUAAACCAGGGUUUUAAAUCAAACAAUGUAGCAUCUAGUGGUAUUGAAGCACCACAUUUAAGUUGAAUUGCUUUGCAUUAAUUUCGAACUUAAUAUCAUAGAAUAAGUAGAUUAUGGAUUGGAAUUGUCAGAGUUUCAGCAUGGGUGUGGCAAGUACAGAUCCUUAAACAAAAAUCAUGUUAUCAAAGAGUGCCAGUUAUCUUAGUAACCAUGUGCAGCCCACCUGUAUUACCUCAGUCAUUCUGUUCUUUGCCAAAUUGCUGGUAGACUUAAUAUAACCUAUAUUAUGGGGAUUUUAGUACUUUCUUGUGGUUGACAGAGGCAUUAAACUGUUUUGUGAUUGUUAGCAAGUCAUAUUGUAAGGAAGACACAAAGGACAGUGGCAAAGGAUGUUGGUUAAAGCUAUAGGUUUUUAUCUGUGGCCUUUGUAUUCAACAUAAAAAUAGGAAGUUUC